AUGCCUACAAAAAGGAAGAAGAAAGCGACACCAAAGGGAAAGAACGCAAUAACAAGUGAAAACUCCUCUGGUGCCUCAAGUGAAUCGGAUAACUCAAAGACUCUGGAGAUUCUGAAUAGAAUUUCACAGAAGUUUAUGGGUGCCUGUGAUAAAAAGAAUGGACACAGAAAACAACCAGUAUCAGAGAUAGGAUAUGACGCUGAUGAAGAAGCUUCAACUACUGGUACAUCAGAUAUGAGUACCCAGUCUCCUGCCCAUGCUGAGGCUAGUCUGUAUGACUUUGAUGAACCAGAUUGUGAAAUGCAGGUCUUGCCAGUACCAAAAAAAGGCAAAAAUGCCAAGACAAAGUCAAGUACUGCUCGCUCCAAAAAAUUGUUAACAGACAAGAAGAAGCAUAAGCCAGCAGAACCAGCUGUCAAUAAGGGAAAGAAAUCAAAUAAGUCAUUAAAAAACUCUGAUGUUAAUCCAAUAAACAGUAAACCCAAGGUGUUGAAAAAGACAAAUAAGAAUAAUCAAGAGAAUACACCAGUCAGUAUAAAAUCACAAGUUAAAACAAGACAAGGAUGUGUUAGUGUAAGCAAUGAGACCAGUGACUCUCCCUCGUUCAGUAAGACUCCCGUGGUGACCUUACAGAGGCUCGAUGUUUCAAAUGUUGAAGGAUAUGAGUCAUUUCAAAGGCAACUAAGAAAGAGAAAAUGUGAAGCUCCGAAAGAUCAAGCAACUCCUCAAGUGAAAUCGAAGGUACUGAAAGCUACACCCAUCCUGAAAAAUGUGACGAUAAACAAGCAUCAACAGAGGAAAAGAGACAGUGGUGUGCUAAUGUCUCCUCCAUCCUUACGUAAGAUUCCUGCGCCAGCGUCGACAGACACAUCUACACCUAGCAAUAUAGUUCCUCGAGGCAAACAGAAACAACCUGAUCAUAGUCUUUUGAAUGAAUCCUGCUUUGGCUUUGAUACCAGUGUGUCAUUUGCAGCAGAAACAUCAUUGUCACCUGUCAAAUCCAAAGCCUUGCCACCAAUUACACCUCUGUCUGACUAUGCCUCUAUGGACUCUCUGCAAAUCUCAUAUGAUAUCUCCCGUCGUCAGUCAGUGGGAGAUGACGCUGAUGUGCCAGAGUUGUUCUCCAUGGACCAGGAUGAUUUGUCAUUAAAUAGAAGUAUGACCAAGUCCUACAAAACAUCUACAAAGAGACGACCCAAGAAAGUAGUGUCAACAUCCACAUCCAGUAAACCAGCAGUGUCAACCACAUCCAGUAAAACAACAGUGUCUAAAAAAUCAAAGACGGAUGUCAUUGCAGAGAAGUUCAACACAGAAUUUGAUGAAAUUGAAAAAUUUCAACUUAGCAUUGAAGAAAUGUAG